AUGGCAAAUGAGUCUUCUCUUGAUUGCCUUGAAGCUGAAACUUUUACUGAUUUUCAUGAAAACAGCAGUUGUCUUGUUGAGAAUUGUGUUGAUAGCACUGAUCAUGACAAAACUAAACAAAAAUCUUUGUUUUGUCAAUUUUUUUCGGUUUACCUAAAAGAGAAUUGUAGUAGAGGCAAUGUGAGGCAUGUGCCGGUGAUGCUCGGUGACGGUCAAUUGCUUGAUUUAUACCAACUUUUCUCCCUUGUAAAGAAAAAUGGUGGGUAUGAUGUGGUAUCUAGAAAAGGAUUGUGGGAUUCUGUGAUAGUUGAACUGGGUUUGAACCUUCAUGUUUUGGCUUCGGUCAAAUUGAUUUAUGAUAGAUAUCUAAAUGAUUUCGAAGGCUGGCUCUGCAAAACCAAUCCUAAGAUUGAUGGUAAUGACGAUGAAGAAAAAUUCUGUAAUACGGAUGGUGAUGUCUUGCGUGUGGAAAUUUCUGCAGAGAAAUUUCAUUCUCCCAAACGCAAACGAGAAUCAUUAUCCGAAAUGAUAACCUGGAUGAGGGAUAUUGCAAAACAUCCGUUUAAUCCUGCAGCCCAACCGUUACCAGAACCUUCAAAGUGGAAGGGGUGUAAAGGAGGUCAGAACUUCUUUGUUCAGAUGCUAAAGGCAAGGGACGUUCUCUUGGUGAGAAAGCAUUCCAAACCAAACAGUGGAUCAUCCUACCAGAAGGUGAAGAUGCAUCCUGCCAUGUAUGAGGAUCCUGUUGCUCUUGGUCACCAAGGUACAAAGAAAUUGAGAUGUAGUGAAAGGAUUCCUGUUGCUCUUAAAUCUCGCUGCAGAUGCUGCAAUUCAUAUCCUGGUUACGGAAAUAAAUGUCCUCUGGAGAAAACAAAGUCCAAACCAGGUGUAACUGGAAAGAAAAAAUCAACUGCUAAACCAGAUGUAGCUAGAAAGAAAAAAUCUAAGUCAUCUUGGGAUGAUCUUCAUGAAACACUUGUUUCUAUAGGUCAUGGUUUCCAAGUGGAAGUCCCAGAAUGGACUGGUGUAGCUUCUGAGAGUGACUCUAAAUGGUUGGGCACACAAGUAUGGCCUGUUAAAGAGGAUGACUUAAAAGCUACUACUGAAUCAGAUCUUGCUGGGAGAGGAAGACGAGGUAAGUGUAGCUGCAAUGUUCAAGGUUCUGUUGACUGUGUCAGAUUUCAUAUUGCUGAAAACAGGAUGAAACUGAAGCUUGAAUUGGGUUCUGUAUUUUACCAAUGUGGAUUUGAUCGAAUAGGCGAGGGGGUUUCACUUCAAUGGACAGCUGAAGAAGAAAAGAAAUUUAAGGAUUUCAUGAUGUUAAAUAUCCCUUCCGAAAAGAAGGCUUUUUGGAUAAAUUUUUGGAACAAUACAUUUGAAGACUUUCAAUUGAAGACAAGAAAAGACAUGGUAAACUAUUACUUCAAUGUUUAUCUUAUUCAACAAAGAAGCUAUCAGAAUCGUGUGACUCCAAUGGAUGUUGACAGCGACGACGACGGAGACGAAUUUGGAUCUUUUUGUGAUGGGUUUGGGAGAAACGCUAUCAAGCAUCCAUCUAUGGAGUUCAUGGAGUGUUCAGAGAACACACAGUGUUUUGAUUUUGAGUAG